AUGAAAGCCAUUCUUGGCUCCCAGGAUGUGUGGGAAAUCGUAGACAGAGGAUAUGCAAAACCCGAUAAUGAGGAAGCUCUGCCUCAGAAUGAAAAAGAUGUCUUGGCAAAGACAAGGAAGAAGGAUCAACAAGCCCUCACGCUCAUCCACCAAUGUUUGGAUGAUGCCAUGUUUGAGAAGGUGGCCGAUGCUACCACCUUAAAAGAAGCUUGGGAGAUUUUACAAAAUUCUCUUCAAGGAGUUGACAAGGUGAGGAAGAAAGAAGAAGAUGAGUCAACGUUAUUGUUUGACGACAAGAAAGAAGAAGAUGAGUCAACGUUAUUGCUGGCACUCAAGGAAGAAGACAUGGAUGAUUGCAGCUCGUGGUAUUUGGAUAAUGGAGCAAGCAAUCAUAUGUGUGGAUGCAAAGAAAAGUUUGUAGAGAUCAAUAAAAUGAGUCUUAUGGGAAGUUUGAGGUACUUGACUUGUACCAGGCCAGAUAUACUCUUUGCGGUUGGAGUAGUAAGCCGCUUCAUGGAAGCUCCUACCUCCACUCAUUUGAAAGUCGCUAGAAGAAUUCUUCGAUACCUAAAAGGUACGAUCGACUUUCGGUUAUUUUAUUCUUCUUCUAAUGACUUCAACCUUAUGGGCUGUCAUGCUAUUUGGCUGAGAAGAUUGUUGAAGGAGCUCAAUUUACCACAAAUUGAAGCUACAGAGAUUUGUAUUGACAACAAAUCCGCACAGGCACUCGCGAAGAAUCCAGUGUAUCAUGAUCGAAGCAAGCAUAUUGAUACAAGAUAUCACUUCAUCAGAGAAUGCAUUGCCAAGAAGGAAGUCGAGCUCAAGUAUGUGAAAUCUCAUGAUCAAGUUGCGGAUAUUUUUACCAAGCCUCUCAAGUAUGAAGAUUUUCAGAGGUUGAGAUCAAGACUUGGAAUGAAAAAAAAAAUCAAAAUUAAAGGAGAGAUUUGUGGGACCAAUCCCAAUUAA